AUGCAAGACAACUGUACGAGAUCGCGCUCUCUGCCACAUGGCCCGAAGACAAAGAUGGCGUCAAGUGUUCCAGUGGUGGCAGUGCGAGGGUCGACAGGGAUUUCCAUUAAUCUUGGUCCUCCGAGCUAUGAUCUGGUCUCUGCCUUUACAAGGGAUGACAGCAAGGCGUGCAAGGCAAUGCUUUUUGACCCAGAAGGGAAGUAUUUUGCCUGGGUUAAUGGAUCAUGCGUUAAGGUUGUUGCAACUUCAACAUGGAAAGUAUUAGCAGAAAUUCAGCGACCGAAGGUCUCUGCUUUAGAAUUUUCUCCAAAAGGGACAUAUUUAAUGACAUGGGAACCUUUCAUAGUAACACAAUCCAAUCCUCAAGGAGGGCCAAAUCUUCACAUAUUCAAGUCAGACAGUGGUGAGCUGGUCAAACACUUUAUUCAUAAGAAGCAGAUUGGAUGGGAGCCACAGUGGAGUUCAGAUGAGAAGCUUUGUGCACAAAAUGCAAAUAAUGAAGUAUUAUUUUAUAAUGUACCAAAUUUUGAUACUGUGGCACAGAAGAUUCACAUCCAGAAAGUUGCCGACUUCAGUAUCGCCCCAGGAACAUCUCCAUACCAUAUCCUGUGUUAUGUACCAGGUAAACCAGGACAGCCAUCAUUUGGUAGACUGUUCCAAUAUCCAAAGUUUGAGAGUACAAACUCAUUGGCAAAUAAGAGCUUCUUCCAGUCAGAUAAAGUGGACAUGUUCUGGAAUAAGCGAGGCACAGGCGUUCUUCUUAUGACUAGCACAGAAGUAGACAAAUCUGGCUCAUCCUACUAUGGAAAGCAAGCAUUACACUUCAUCAGUACCAAAGGAGAAACAGCCAUGGUGCUGCUCAGUAAAGAGGGCCCAAUCUACAGUGUGGGAUGGAGUCCAAAGAGCUCUGAGUUCUGUGUUAUUUAUGGCUUCAUGCCUUCAAAGGCUACUCUCUUCAAUAUUAAAUGUGAGCCUGUGUUUGAGUUUGGCACUGGGCCACGGAACUGCAUCUGCUACAAUCCUCAUGGAAAUAUCUUGAUCCUUGGUGGAUUUGGUAAUCUCCAAGGUAAUGUUGAACUGUGGGACGCAACAGCACGAAAGCUGAUAGCCAAAAUGGAGGCUGCUGAUACAACAUUACUUCGUUGGUCACCUGAUGGUGAGCAUUUCCUUACAGCAACUACUGCUCCAAGAUUACGGAUGGGAAAUGGGUUCAAGAUCUGGCACUACAGCGGAACAUUACUGUAUGAGCGUCCGUGGAACAAACAAGAGGAACUGUGGGAAGUUCUUUGGCAGUUGUUUCCAGCUGGUGUUUUUCAUGAACCUGUGAUAAACUAUAAGCCUGUUGAAGGAAUUCAGCCAAGCCAGCCACAGGCUUCAAAGCAAGCUUACCGUCCUCCAUCAGCCCGUGGGCGAGAAAGUAAUUUCAAACUCCACGAUGACGAGGAGCCUGCAAGCAACACUCGACCAGGUGGAGACUCAAACCCGUCAAAGGCAGCACUAAAGCAGAAGAAAAAACGUGAAGCAAAGAAGGCGAAGAAAGAGCAAGAUGGGGUAAACGCAGGUUCCAGUAGUGGUGCUGCUUUUACUAGCAAUGCAUGUACUGCUGCAGCCACAACUACAACAGUGGCAUCUGUUGUUACAAAUGGUGACUCAACAGUGGCAGCACCUAAGUUGCCAGUAGCACUUGCAGAUGCUGAGCUUAUGGGAGAUCCAGAGAAACUGAAAAAAAUAAAGAAAUUGAAAAGUAAGCUUGUGGAAAUCUCACGGCUGAAAGAACAGAGGGCUGCUGGUCGCCAGCUUGAACUAAACCAGCUGGACAAAAUCAAGAAAGAAGAUGAGCUUUUGAAGGAACUACAGGGGCUUGUGUUGUGAUAGCAUGCUUUUGGCUCUCACAUAUAUGUUGCCUCCCCUCCAUCAGGAGAAUGAAACCAAAUGUCGGGCUUCCAAAGUCUGCGACAAAGGGGAAACUAUUGUACUCAAUGCUCAAGCUGCAGAUGGAUGACAAAUUCCCAUCCCACAACAGUUGCUCCAUCGUGACCUGGAGUCUGUUAUUCAGUCUAACUUUUUAAGAUAUGUUUCUGUGGGUGUUCUUAACAUUCUGGUAAUUUACUCUGAUGAUUUUCUAUGGUGAUGUCCAAUUUUACUGAGGCACCUGAAGUAUCUAAUACUUAAUAUUUCGUUUUUGGUCUCAGCAGUAUUUGAGGUACUUUUAUAAUACAUUGUGGUAAAUGUAUGAUAAUCCAGGGAGAGAAUGUAUAUUCUGAGAAUUAUGUGUAGUGCUUUUUUCCUUCUAGACUGACAUACCAACAGUCUCUUCUGGAAAGAUGUUUGAGGCUGCAACAAAGAAUGGUGAUUCAUUACCUGACAUUCUCUGUUAUCACAUAAAAUCAUUGAGUUUAUUUUCAGUAAUCAUUAUUGUAUAUAUUUAAUCUAAAAGUUGUGUUUAUAUGAGGCAGGUAGUCAGAUGUGGUCAUACAGUUUCUGAACCAUACAAUUUUUGACUUGGUGCAGAGACACAUUUAUGUCUCACAUCCUGGUGUUGUAGAGUUGGACAUGUUAAUGAAGUGACUGAAGAAAUUGGAGAGGAAGAAAAAUCUCAGACUCAUACACUGUUAUGACAAUGUGUAUAUUAUUUAAAAGAAAUGACAGAAACGUUAAUGUAAUGUUAGUCAUAUUAGGUAUAGAAUCCAUAUUUUAAUGUAUAUUACAGUGUGGGUGAAAAUGUUGAUAAUGUGCUGAAAAUACUGAUACUUUGAGAAGUCAAUGAUAAAAUGUUAACGCACAUCUUACAUGUUCAAUUUAUAUAUUAGUUUGGUAAUGUUAAGAUCAUAGCAGAUAACAUUGUUUACAAAAGUCAGACGAUCCCAUGAACACUGCAAAUGGAAUGGCAUGUAAUGGGUUCAUAUAAUGUAUCAUUCAGUGAUGAACAGAACCUUUUAUUGGUGUUGUAAGCAAGAUAUAUGACUAUACACAAUGUAUGUACAACACUACAAAUUGCAAAAAUCGCAAAAUAUCAUUCUAAAACUGCAUUUCCUUGAAAAGUAUAUAAGAAUGAUUAUUUUAUUUAAUGUCUGGAGGAAGUGUUAAUUAAGAGUGUGUGUAGUAUAUCUGGGGGUGUAAUGUUAUAUUUGUUUGGUAGUAACUUUUUCUGUUUGGCUUUAAUGUUAUGAUGUCUUUCAGUAUGUUAGAAUUGUACUAUAGAAGAUGAUUUACAACAGAUGAUUUCACUGAGCAAGCAGUAUGGAAUUAUUUUAUAUCUGUUGAACUCUAGAAGCUACAGAUAAUAAAUAUAAAACAGAUAGCAGUUUUGCAUUGUUAUGCUAUUUUUUUCUUACACAAAUCUUUUUGUAUUUUUACUGUUGCAUAUAAAGGAGAUACUUUUGUAGAUUUUCUGUCUUACAGAGACAGUAGCAUAUUCAGGCCUUCUCUGUACAAGAGCAGUGUCCAUAUUUCUCUUUCAGUGUUGUGUGAAAAUAUGUGACACAUAUGUUAUGUAGGUUGACAUACUGUUCCCUUUGUUGAUACAUUUGCCAGUAGUUUCCAGGAAUUUGUAUGAAAUAGUUUAUAAGCGAAAUACCUCAGGAAUUUAGUUCUUUAUGUAAAGGAAUUUAUUUACAAAUGUAAAAUAAAAAAGCAUGCAAUUUGAAAGGUCAUAGAGAGGUGACACUGUAUAAUUAUGGGAUCUACUGGCUUGUAAACUGAACAGUAGAAAAUAUGACAAUAGUUAUGACUUGAUUUGAUACUUAAUUCCUUUACUUAUGACAUUUUGAAUUAUUCUAUAAUUAGGGUUGCCAGAUCUAUGGUUUAGGAAUAUGGGACCUAAUAUUUUGGGUGGGAAGAAACAUGGAUACAAAGUGUUGAUGUUUGUUUGGGGAAUUAAUAGUGGCAUUCAAGAUUUGAAAAAUACUAAAAAAUUAAUUAAGGAAAUAGUGGUAAUUUUUACAUUGUGUUUCUAUAUGUCUGCAUUAUUUUGAAGUGCCUCCUCCUUGACAUGUUCAUUGUUCACCAAACACUGUAGAAUUUACACUACUGUAGACAUGUCAUGUCAGUUCCCUUCUUAACUGCAUGGAAUGGUCAUUAAGAAGAAAGUGCACCUUAUGUCAAUGUUGUGUACAUAAAUACUGAAUACUGUUGGAUGAAUAAUCAUUCAUAGAAUACUUCACAGUAUUUGGUCUCCAGUAUGGAUCAGGUAUUCUUGGGUCUGUCUCACUGAAAUAAGAACCUUAACAGGAAAUUUCUGGAGAUAGCCCUGAAUGAUUUACUACUUUUUUUCCAAGUCAGCUUAUGGGAUCUAUUCAUUUAUAGAACAGUCAUGUCUCUUGACAGACUUCUUUUGGAAUAUAAUACAAGAUACUGAUAUGAGGGCCAACCCAUCUGUGUAUGUAUGAAUGCCUGGCAACCCUAUCCAUAGUGCAGCAGUCCAUUGACAGAAUGUUUUAUGGACAAGAUUUUGGUGGUAUGAGAAAACGUUUAAGAAAUUAUAGCUGUUAUCAGCGAUAUUUUGUCCCAUUCAUUAUAAUGGCACAGGUAUCGAAGCUGUAGCUGUUAAUAGCAUGAAGUGGGUAUAUGUGCUCUAUGAGGUUCUCUAGGCAAAAUAACAUGCCAGCAAACAAUCUGGAUAUAUUAGAAGAAUACUAUCCCAUUGCUGAAUGCUUUUAAAGUUUAUUGUUGUUUCAAGAGGUUAAGAAGAGGAGGUUGCUGCUAUUUCAGUGAACAUUUAAAAUUCUUAUGUGUAUUGUGAUGACCUUUUAUAAAAAAUGGAAUAAAACAGCUGUCAUCGAAGUUAUAUAGGUUAUAUAAAAGGACAGGCCAAAUCAUAGUUACAUUAUACCAUUAAAUGUCUUCCAUAUCUCUGGAGAGUUUCAUAUACAGCGCUUUGAUCAGUUUGUGGGCAGGAUUAACCAUCAUGUGAAUUGCAUUUUGACAAGUUGAUUGGAUCAACUUACCUGCAUUUUUAAGAAACAUGCUGAAUAAUUUUUCCUUGUUUGACAUCUUUAUUGUGUCACUGAAGUCUAUAUGCGUGUAUAUUGUAUA